AUGCCUGGCUUCCAUGAUCCCAGUAAACAAUAUCUGUUCAAAAAUGCAGAUAACGAGUUCCUUGUCGAUUGGGAGGUUCUGGAAACCUGGCCUCAACUUCUGAAGGCAUGCCGAGAUGAUAACGUCUAUCUUUUCGAGCUCCUGGAUACGCGUCAAGCCUGCUGCUGUAUUCGCAUCAUCAAAAGCACUUCCGCCCACGUUGGCAGCGAUGAUUACCUCGAGCCCAUUCUCGAUCCAGACGGCUGCCGAGAAGACAAUGAAAGUGACAGAUUUAUUCAUCACUUGAAGAUCUACGAGUUUGCCACUUUCUACCAGAUCAAGACUCUACAACGUCUUUCGUUUCACCACUUGAAACUGGCUAGUGACCAACUCGGUUUUGUUUAUCUUGCCGGAAUCCUGUCAAAGCAGAACUUCCGUUUCAACGGCAAGGACUCCUUGUUCAUGUCGUAUAUGCGAGAUCGGGCCAAAAUGGAUGGCGAAAUUCUCACUGAUGGGGACCGUCGCAACGUUGGUGAGGAUUGGGAGUUCAGCAAGACUCUGGAAAACUUCCUUCUGGGUACUAUCGUCGACAUGAAGAUGGAGAUCCAGCAGCUCAAGGCUGCCGUCGCCGCUAUCAACAACAACAUGGAGCUGUAG